AGCCCGCACAUCCUCUCACUGUACCUGCCGAUCGGCUUAAAGAUACAUCUUCUCAACAACGAAACCUUGAAGUUGCAAUACUUUGUCGCCAACGCACCCGAGUAUGUGAUCUUGUCGCAUACUUGGGGAGAAGAUGAUGUGUUGUUAGAGGAUAUUUGACACCUCCUGCAUCGACAAGAAGAGCAGCGCUGAGCUGUCAGAAGCGAUCAAAAUCGAUGUACAAGUGGUAUUGGGAAGCCGCCGCCUGUUACGCGUACCUGGCGGACGUCACGGGUCCCGAUGAGCAAUGUAGAAGUUGCUUGCAAAACAGGUCUCCACCAUCCAGAACUCGUAUACAAUGUGGGCACAGUUUUGGAAAGCCUGGUUGGUUCACACGAAGUUGGACGGUUCAAGAACUUCUUGCCCCAGUGUUGUCGAAUUCUACACCCAGAGCUGGCAAUGCCUUGACUCAAGGACGAAGCUGCUGGGUCAUAUCGUCCGUGCAACAAACACAGGGAGGCCAUAUCUUCUGAACCAGCACUUGAUCUCGACAGCAAGCAUAGCGACAGGGUUCAGUUGGGCGUCCUUGGGGCAGACAACAAGAGCUGGAGAUAUGGCAUACUAUCUGCUAGAGCUUGUCAAUAGCAACAUGUGAUGAGUGGAAUAAUGAUCUGUAGUAUUGGUACUAUAGGAAGAGCGAAUAUCUACGGUGCCGCAGGCGGG